AUGGGAAUCUGCUCUGCACAAGCUAAUUGUACUGUACCCGAUAAUUAUAUUGUACCUUUCGAUGCUGAUCCUGACAUUGUUCUCGCUGCCUUUUUUAUUGGUGUAUGGUCGACAUAUAUCAUAAUCGCAUGGGGUUACUUCUUUAACGAUCGCAUAUCCAAUGACUGUCUCUCUGAUCUUGACCGGUGGAUCCGACAUUAUUCACUCACUUUGCCACACCACAUUCGACAAUGGAUCUUCAAGAAAGAAGCCCAGAAAUGGACAGGCUCGUCGACAGCACUUAUCAAAAUCUGUCUCAUGAUCAGUGACCAGCAACUAGUAACCGGCACCGCAAUGCUCCUCAUAGGCUUCAUCACGCACUGCAACAUCCCACAAUACUACUUCGAAAUAAUUGCGGACUACGGAUGGGUAACCAACAGUGUCUACCAGACCUCUGUCAUGGUCACCUACCCUAUUUUCCAGCAAAACCCCGCCAUGCGCCACUGGCGCGCGGCGUGGAUGACUUGCCAGGCCGGGUUUAUUUUCAUCUGUCAGAUCUUGACCUACCACCAAGACUGGCUGUAUCUAUUCGGAACACCCACGAGAUGUAUUUGGGAGAACAUGUCGACGGGAUACACCAAGGGGUCACAAAUGGUCCAGCUGAUUAUCACCUUAAGCUUCCAGGUAUGGAGUUACCUGUUCGCUAUGGGCAUUUUCUACCCCCGUUACGUCGGAUGGACCACCUAUUUCCUCCGUGCUGUGAGGUAUAUCCUUCGGCUCCCGACGAGGUUUCAUGUCUGGUUGAGUAGAAGGUGGAAACGCCCAUCACGGUUACAGGGGUGUGUACUCGCCACCACGUACGCUAUUUUCAUUGCGGCUCAUAUGAUGUCGCAAAUUUUUGCCUCCUCAUUGCUGGAAAUAAUUCGGGCAUUCGCUAUGCUGCUUUGGGGAUUCUGGUGGAUUACCGGGUACAGAAUGUCUGAUGACCCCUCUCGGGUCGAGGCAAUGCAGGGAGGCGAAAACGAAUGGUCGACGGGGCAGAUGAUGCCUCUUCUUAUGCUCGCAUUGCCGUUGUUUACGGCAAUUGAACUAUAUUGGGAUAAUACCACAGAAAAGCCAAAGUCGGAAGACACGGUCGACAUUCCACUUCGCACGUGCGAACGAAGCACGAUAGACAGUCUUCUAUGCAGCACACAUUCUCUGAUAUCGUCACCAGCAGCGUCGUUACUGUCUACCUCUUACACGCCUCGGAUCAUCAGUUCUUGGAACCUAGAUGCGCGCGAAGUGUUCGAGCCGUACUGUCAUACGAGGGGUCACGACACCGACUCUCUUGAUGUGGAGCCAUGCCGCCCGUCCCUGUCAGGGUCGCAGGAGGCUUUUUUCCAGCUGGAGUAUCUAACUAUUGAGAAAUUAUGGUUUCGAGUAUUGCUCGUUGUUGUUAGCGCGAUGAUCCUGGGUGGGUUUAUUACUGGUGCACUGUUUGGAUAUGUUAUUUAG